GAAGAAUGGCUGCUUCAGUAGUCUCUGAUAAACCUCUUCCCCCUCACUGAAAGGUGUGAAAAAACGGAGCUCAACCGGCCUCUGCACAGCCUAUUUGAUUAUGUACCGGUAGCGAGCUGCUGCUAUACUAGCCAGUAAAGAUGAGAUUCAACCAAAAGGAGCUUCAAUACCUAGCUCAAACUGCCAAAAAGCAGGACGUAGAUAAAGAGGGUGCAUUGUUUUUGAGGGAGAAGCAGGAAGGAUUGUUCAAAAAAGGAGAAGUGUUCACGGAAAGAUGGUUCCUAUUGAGGGGAAACUUGCUGUUUUACUACAAAACCAAGGAAAAGGGUUCCGAGGUGGUUGGUGUCAUUGUUUUGGAGCGAUGCACGGUGGAAUUGGACCCCGAUGAGGACAAGAUGUUCUCCUUCCAAUUAGUCUUUGAAGGUGAUGAUCGCAUCCAGUACCUAGCUGCUGAAAUAGAAAAAGAGCGAGAUGCUUGGAUUCAAGCCCUCCACAUUGCCAGUUACGAGUGCCUUAAGAUGCAACUGGAGUGUCUGCGGGAACAGCUCCGAGCCAAAACUGGUCAUGAUCCAAUACAGCAGCCUUCACCGGCUGUGCUGGAUGAGUCAACUUGUUUAGGAUCUGUGAGUGCCGAUGAACCUGUGAUAGAGAUGUGCUUACGCUGUGAUAAUCUUCCUCAUGGUGGCCAAGGACAGGAACCCAAUGCAAUGGUGGUUGUCAGCACUCUCACUCCUCCGGAACAAACUUGGGCGAUACUUGCUCAUUCAGAAAUUGAGGAUAGAACGAGUAAUCCUGUGUUUAUGAAGACAAUUUGUAUGAACUGGCAAUCAAUCUCCGUGGCAACCAGAGUUAGACUUUCUGUUUAUGACGUGAAGGAGAGGCUCACAGAAACGAUGGCUCAAAUAGGGUAUGCACUUUUCACAAUGGACGAACUUCUGAAAGCACCUGAGAGCAUUCUCGAGUUAAAUCUCGGUGAGGGUUGUGGUACUGUGACAGUGCGGGCUUGGCAAGGAGAGACCAUAUUUGAAGAUGAUGGGGCACUUGAUGAUGAUAAUGUGGAUGAUGUAUUUGAUAAAUCUGAAGCUGAGCUACUCAAUGCUUCAAUGACCUCAACUGGUACUCUGAUGAGUCUUGACGGUGAUGAUCUUCUUGCCGACAUCCCAUCCGCCAGCAGGGGAGUUGUCCGGAGCAAAUCGAGUGACCGUGUGCGACAGUUGCGCGCCCUGUAUGACAAUAUCUCAACCAGGGUGUAUAGGUUCCCAACCAAUAAGGGAGGAGAGGUCAAAGUUCAUGAAUUUAUGGGGGAGAGCAAACUCACAUUUUAUGUACCAAAGGAAUUACUUAAGAUUUGGAUCGAGGAAGAAAAAACUAGAAUGAUUCAGCUACAAGAUCUUGGAAAGCUAAACGGCCGGCAUGAACAUGUGCGGCAGGCAUGUAUAGAUCACAGUGUUGAGCAGCAGAAUAUUUAUACCGAGGCCCUCUGCAAUAUAUCUUGCUAUGAAGGACCACCAUUUAAACCAAGCACCAAAAGGUUACUACGAGAGAUGGAGUUUGUUCCUACAAAUCUACAUCUACAGAGGAUGGCAGUGUUAAGUGAAAAUAGUCAGAAAGCUUCAUACUAUGAUACGAUAACGGUCGGUGCUUUUAUUGCAUACCCGAUGCGAUUCAAACAUGGAGGAUUAAGAAGACUCAUUUUACAAUUUCGUGAACAAUACAUAAAUAAGUUUGGCGCUGAGCCACAGGUAGAGAAAAUCACAGAACUCUUGAAUACCGUUGCUGUGUUACGCAAGGAUAUUCAUUUUGAGAGUGAGGGUGUUAGUCGGGCGGCAGUGCAAGGUGAUCAGGAAGUACUACCUCAUGCAGCACAGAGGCUUAGUGAUAAGGUUCGGCAGUUAACACUUGUGUGUGAGAGCAGUGUUGUUGAACAAUCUCUACAAGCCUUCACGUGGAUGAAGACCAAUGAUGCAGACUUCACCAACAACCGACGGCCAGCUACGGAAUAUGUGUCUCCAAAUAACAAUUAUGCAGAUAAAAAUUGGCGAUGGACGAGUGCAGACUGCAAUCCAUCCACUGUUGGAGAACCUUGGGAUAUUAUGCGGUCAAACCUCGAAGCUAUUGUGGUCUGUAUGAUAUCAAAAAUCGACCAUCUCCUGAAGAACUACUCUGGAAACAAAGACAUCUGGAUGGAGGAGAUUGAACCACUAGUCACAAGGACGAAGGGAGCUGUGGAAAAUAUGGCCAAACUUGUCCUGGCAUCACUCACUUUCAAAAUGGUUCAGGAGCUCAGCUCUAAUGUCGCACUUUGGCACAGUAUCAAAUAUCGGCGGGACGUCAUAUUCUCUCAUGCACUCACAACACUUAUCACAGCUUUCAUCACAAAAAUACGCAGCUCUAUCAAGAACGGGACUUUUCUCUCACAAAUUGCACGAAUCGGUAUCAUUGCGAGUUUCGAAGGUUUACUCAGUUGUCAUGGCGAUGAGAUGGGCAUGCUCGAGGAUAUGGUAAUUGCUGUAAAUGAUCUCAAUAAUGUCAAAUUCCGCAUUGUGCACUCUGCAGAAACGGAAAAAAUCUUGCCGCGGAUAGUUGUGGAUAGUCAUAGGCCUACGCGACAAGGCAGCAGUGUGAAGACAGAGAGUCAUCCUGAUGCAAACAGGUGUGGUAUCAUUGUGGAAGUUCCUGCCCCUCCAAAUCAGUUCCAUCUGUUACCACACGAGCUGCAGAGAGGUCAUCUGGUCAAGGUCACGCCAGUCAUGUUCAAUAUCGGUCUCAACGAACAAGCGACUCUUGCAGAAAAGUUUGGUGAUAACUCAUUACAGGAAGGGAUCAAUGUUGAGGGAUGUCAAGGCAUGAUAACCUAUUACGAGAAAUUUGCUGAAACGUUUGGUGAACCAGCUAAAAUUGGAAGCGACAGUCUACCGCUGGGUGAGCUGAUGGCACGUCUGCAACACAAUGUUAGUGUGAAAAAAUCAAAGAAUGUGGAGAUUUUACAGCUGGCUGAAGAGAUAUGCCGCCAGAUGAAUGGACUCCGGUUUACCAGUUGUAAGAGCGCGAAAGAUCGGACCGCCAUGAGCAUAACUCUUGAGCAGGUUCAGAUACUACAGAGACAACAUGACCUGGCGUCGCACGUCUUCAUGGGUUCACUGGAAUGUAUGAGAAGUGAGGGAGUCCGGAGAGAAAACACAUACAAGAACACUGGUGCACGCAAAUACGCUUUCAACAGUUUACGGGUGCUAUCUUUGCCAAAAUUAUACCGCCCACCCCACGGGACAUAUGGAAACGUCCAAACAUAGAGUACAUGUAUCUCUGUGUAGUCCAUUCCUAUUAAUCAAUGCAAUGUACUUAAACUCAUGUACAAGUGUGGUCUACUCAUUUGUUUCAAAUACUGACACUGUAAACUCCUUUCGGAGUGUAAUUCUGAUGUCAAAAUACUUCAUGUAUUUUGACAUCAUUAUAGCCAUCAUAUGGGUACAGGUUUGAGUUGGGAUGGGAUGGGAGCAUGAAUUACUGUGAUAAGAGUAAUUUAAACGCAGUAUAGAAUAUUUUUUGCAUUGUAAGGUGUUUUGAUUGAAAAGGCAUAACCUUUUCCAUGUAGAUCUAAAAGGACAAUCCUAAACAUCUAAUAUCAGUGAUAUUUUCUUUUGGCACCAAUUACUUAUAUCCUGUAGUGCUUGAGCUUGCUAGACAGUCACGCCUGUUGAUCAAUUCAUUGGUAAGGCAUUUGCUUAGCGAUUAUGAAUUGAUUUAUAUCACGUUUGUGAUGGAAUGCCUCAUGUACAAGGAUACAUGAGGAAGGUAAUGGUCCUUGUUAAAAUGCUUUUAAUUGGUCUUGUCUUGUUAAAGACUGUUGUACUUCAAUCAUGUGAUCUGAUAAGAGUAUUACAUACAUGUAUGACAUUUUCUCUGUGCAUGUACCUGUACAUGUAGGCAUGCUAUUUUAUGCAUAAUUAUUUUUCCAAAUUAUUUAUUUCUUAUUGGUAAAAUUUUAUACAGAUUUAGGAUGUCAGUUGUUUCUAACUGUUGGUAAUGUAUGUAUUUGAAGCUUGGCCUGCUUUGGUUUGAUACUAAAAGUUGCCUCAGAUAAGAUUGACCUUUUAGAAAUCCUACACAAGAAUGCUGGCAUCGUAUGGUGGUAUGUCAGUGCCCCUUGAUGAUUUGCCAGAUCCACAAAGAUGGCGACACAUUCAGCUCAAAGUCAUUGUGCACCAUAGGUGUAUUACCAGCCAAUCAGGCGCACACAAGAAUAAUAUUUACUUUAACACAAUAAAACAGUUUAAGAGCCUGGUUUGUGUUAAAUGGUUUUCUGCCCAAGUGGGUGAAAAGGUGAUGUACGCUCACCUGGUGUAAUAUCUUACUUCAUAGUCAUAUCUGAAUGCAACUUUGUAAAUCGUAGUCAGGCUUUUGAGCAAACUGGAUUGUCUUGUUAAUCAGCUUGUAAUAUGUGACCCGCUCUACCAAAACUAGGCGCUUGUCGCAUCUGAACUCGACAGGUUGAUACGGACUUGUUGUUCAUUUCCCUAUUGUAGACCUUUUGUGAAAUCUAUUACAAACUGAUUUGGUCACAUUUCACAAAAGGUC